AGGGUUAUUGCUUUCCCCAUCCGGUUUUGAUCGGGGAAACCCUAACCCUGGUUUCUUGUAUCUUCGCUUUGCUCUCUUUCUUUCUUUGAUUGCCUUCUUUAUAUCGCGUAUCGCCUGAUCUCGGUGCUUUCUUGCCCUGAUUCGAUUGGCGUACUGAGAUGUCGCGGUGUUUCCCGUACCCGCCUCCUUUCUUGGAAGAGUCCCUGAUCGAAUCCAUUAAGGCAAAGAAAGAGGAAAGGGAAAAGGCAAAGGAGGUUGAACGAAGAAGGGUAAAGAAGGAGACUAAGAAAGGGAAAAGGAGGGAGGAGAAGAGGGAAAAUGUUGAGCAGAAAUCCGCGACCUCUCAGUACGAGGGCAAGAGCAAGCAUGAAGAGAAGAGCCCAUCCGAACAGAAAGAUCUGUACAGCCAAAGGACAAGCAAUGAUGCCAUUGAGCAGUUGGAAGGCAGCGGCCUUACGGAAGAACAUGAGCUGCUGAGUUUCACUGGGCACAAGUAUGACUCCCCCGAGAGCUCUCAGGACAGCAACAAGAGGAGGAAACUUGUGUCAUCCAUCUGUGGCCACAAUAAGCAUGGUCUUGGGAAUAUCCUUCGUAUCAAGUUGCCAUUACGGUCUGCAUCAUCGAGUCGAGUAGAUUUACCAUUGCAGCCAUCAUUGAGGCCGCCGGCCAUGCAAACAGCAGGACAAGUAGUAGUGGCCAAAUCCAAGGAAAUGGUUCAUGAGCUGCCUGAAGUCCAUGAGCAGCCCAGUGUCUCAGGCAAGGAUGCGAAAGCAGCUGUGCCUUCACAUUUGUCUUCCGAUGUGAUUCGGAGGAGAACUGGGCAAAGGGGACAGUUUGAAGAUUUAAUAGUGAAUUGGAACCCGCCGCUAUCGCAGUUGGAGUCUCUGGAUGUCAGCAGCGAGUGGUGGCAUUUUGGCGAUCCAAAGCGGCUCUCCACUCCCUGUACCAACGAGUGUGAGGCCAUCACAGUGGGAGGGUCGAGUUGUGGAGAGCGUAGGAUUUCUUUGCAGCAGCCCCGAGCCUGCUACUUGCCCGAGUUCGAUGCGUAUCAGCUGCCAUAUGUUGUCCCCUUUUGAGAGGGGCGUAAGUAUAUCUAUGACAAGGCUAUGCCACAUUUAGAUUGGGCGUGAAUCUGUAACAAGGUGAUCGAACUCACGUUCUUAUCUCAAAUAUCUCCGCUU